GGAGAGUUAAGGUACCUCUGUAAAUUGCCUGGCGCGAAAGCGGAAGCAAAGAUGAUAGCAAGACUACUACCUGAAUCUCACCUUUUAAUAGGAGAGCAAGCAACAAAGGAGGCGGUUCUUCAGAGGAUACCCUCAGUAAGUCUCGUACAUUUCGCUGCUCAUGGUGACGCCGAAAGAGGGGAAAUUGCUCUUACUCCUCCCGACUCCACUAUGGGGAUUCCACAUGAACAAGACUACUUACUCUCAAUGGCCGAAAUCUCACAAGUUAGACUAACCGCCAAACUGGUGGUCCUUAGCUGUUGCCAUACCGCACGUGGACAGAUCAAAACAGAAGGCGUUGUUGGAAUCGCUCGAGCAUUCUUAGGAUCGGGUGCACGCUCAGUAGUGGUGGCAUUGUGGGCCUUACAAGACGAUGCAACAGAGCAGUUCAUGAGAAGAUUCUACGAAAACCUUGUCCAAGGAGAAAGUGCAAGUGAAUGUCUUCACCGGGCCAUGAAGUGGAUGCGAAAUAACGGUUUCUCUGAAGUGAGGCAGUGGGCACCUUUCAUGCUGAUUGGGGAUGACGUGUCAUUCCACUUUGGUGAAGAAUUAAAAGUAAAGUGAAGGUAAUUGCUUUCCAAUAAUAAGGGCCAUAGGAAGUCUGCCAGGUCUUUUUGUAUUGCAGUUUUAUCAACUUUACAUCAUGUACUUUUAAGUACUAAAUAAAAAGCAGUAUUUACACUUAUAUGCCACAUUGUUGACUAAAUCUGAAGUCAGCUUUUACAAUGACUGAGGUAAAAUAUCAACCGUUUUUUUAACAUCGAAGAUACAUAGAGGAUAUUACACGGUGGCGAGAAGGUAUGAAUUUUAUGUUCGAGUGGCAAGAACAAUAUCUCACGAGUGAGCGAAGCGAACGAGUGAGAUAUUGUUCUUGCCACGAGAACAUAAAAUUCAUAUCUUCGAGCUAACGUGUAAUGUUCUUUUUAUUAUAUGGAGAAACCAAUUCAACAAAAGCAAUAGGCGGGAAUCGUGACGUCAUUGAACGAUACGACACUCACAAAGGUGACAUACGGAAAAUACGCCACUCGGGUCCCGGAUGAAGUGGCGUAUGGAAUCUACGAGUGGUUUAGUUCCCAGUAAAACACUCUCCUCCAUAUAAUAAUAAACAAUAGUGACCGCACGCUUCAGCUAGCGCUCCGCGUUAUCGCAUAUGUGUAUUUGUUGUUAGGCUAUAGUUAAGAUCAUUUCUUCUUUUUCUUCGUCGACUAAUGUUACUUUUAGUUGUAUUAAGUUGUAUUUUUUUUCCUGUAAAGAUGACCCGCCUUCCCGCGAGCAUGUUAUAAUUAUGCUGUUACCUCAAAACACAAAAAAAAAAUGUAUGUAUAUAUGUAAACACCACAAUUAUUUGACCACACUUCGGUAUUUAUCAGUCAAAAUCACAACCUAUGCAUAUGUGAGGCUUUGCAUUUAAAAACAAAAACACUAAAGCCCCGUAUUCCUACAGUAACACAGAAUGAUUUUAAAUCUUUUCUCUUUUCCUUAUAUAUGAAGCACAAAUAAUUGAAUAUUGUUUCGGGAUAAAAAUAUUAUGGCGGAGAUCUAGAUCUGAAAAUUGAUCGAAAACCCCGAAAACUACAAAUUGUGGACUGUGUAUGGAGUUUUGACCGUAACUAGAGGGCUUUUCACGGACACUGACUGAAGUACAUCAGUACACUGGUUCUAAACUUGGACCAAAGAGGAAAGACUGAGAUUCGAGAGGUCAUCAAGGAAAGAAGUUUCAAACCUAUGUUAGCUGUGCACCCUGUUUUUCAUUUAUGAUGCCAGUAAUUGGAAAGUUUUAGCGGUGAGAUAAUUUUAAAUAAGUAAUUAAACCUCUUCCGUGACAAUAAAGCCGGAGGAUCCCUCUUCCAUGUAAAAUGAACCUAAAUGCCAUUUACCUCAGCCGAAGUCUUUUGUAGUGAAUGUAUGUGUUUUACUAAUUCUUAUGUUUCCUAUACAUUACUGUUGCAGGUAUUACACUAACGACACACCAUCGAAUAACAAAACAGCCCUUCCGCUGAAUUCCAGUGAGGUAGUUCGUGGUGGAAAAUGUAAAGGUCAACCUCUUCAGCAUACGAACAUAACCCAGACAAGAAGAAUUCAAAAGAGAACUGACUUGCUUGGCCCAGCCGCUCAUGUUUGUCGACUUAAUUAUUUUUCCCACUGAUUUUAAUCUGUGUGUGUGCGUG